AUGGCUCGUGAAAGCAGUGCUGGAUUUGAUAGACAUAUCACUAUAUUUUCUCCUGAAGGAAGAUUAUAUCAAGUUGAGUAUGCUUUGAAAGCAAUCAAUCAAGGGGACUGA